UGCGCACCCCCGUUUUGUUAUCCUGCGCACCCUCCUCACCCCCAUCCCACAUUUUCACCUUGCUCUCUUCUUCCCCUCUUGGCAUCCUUGGAGAUUGCUCCUCAGCGCAGGUUGUCGAUGCGCUGUCGAGAAUUGUCCUCCGUAAUUGCGAUUUUGAUGACUUUUGCCCAUUUGCCGAAGUCUCCUCCUUUGCGUGAUCUGCUUAUUUUGGGGGUACUGGUGAUAAAGGAUCCGGUACCCAAUUCCGCUAAUCUCAACCAAUUGAUAGUGAAUCAGAAGAGGACUGGUUGCAGAGGAAAGGAUCUUCUUUUUUGAGCGAUUGAUGAUAUGAUUCUGUUGCAUGUGGGAUACAAGACUGGCUGGUCUGUCAAGUAUGGAUUAGUAUAUGGGUGAAUUUAUCAAUGUGGGUUUAUUUAGAGGGAGCGAAUGGAUCUAUGUGAAUCCCGUCCAGCAAUACAGAAGCACACAACCGUGGAGAACCCAAGGCCACCCCUGGUUCCUGCAGAAAGGAACAAUGCGGCUGCCGCCACCGCCGCCGCCGCCGCCGCCGCCGUACGCCGCCCUCGAACAAGGGAUGUUAGCUCAAGGUUCAAGUCACCCGCUCCGUCGACCCCUUCGGUUAGGCGUUGCCCAUCUCCACACCUCACAAGGACCGCAAGUACGCCGUCUCAAUUGGUGCCAAAGAGAGCCCACUCAGCCGAGAGGAACCGCCCAUCGACACCAGCCUCACCGUCACGUCCGUCCACGCCCUCUCGUCCGUCCACACCGUCCCGUCCAUCCACGCCCUCACGUCCGUCCACACCGUCACGUCCGUCCACACCUGUACAUGAUUCAUCUGUAGAUAUGCAAUUGGCAUCUAGAAAAGUUAGCGCCAGUAGAUUAGCAGAGAGUCUGUGGCCUUCGACAAUGCGAAGUUUGAGUGUUUCCUUCCAGUCCGAUUCUAUUUCCAUUCCUGUUGCCAAGAAGGAGAAAUCUGUAAGUAGCACCCCAUCGGACCGCACCUUGAGACCCACUUCAAAUGGAGUACACAAGCAAUCUGAGACGCCAACUAUGGUCCGAAAGCCUACGCCAGAGAGAAAACGAAGCCCGCUCAAAGGGAAGAAUUUAUCUGAUCAGUCGGAGAAUUCCAAGCCAAUUGAUGGUAUAAAUGCUCGUCUGAUUGAUCAACAUAGAUGGCCUAGUAGAGCAGGUGGGAAAGCGUCUUUGAAUGCCUUAAAUAGUAGCUCGGAUCAAUCCGACAAGAUUACUAGAGGUUCUGCUUCGAUAUCAGGAAUUGGGUUAUCAACACUUAGGAGAAUGCCUUCUUCUGAUGUUUCGAUGAAACCUCUGCGAAGAUCUAGCAGUGAUGCUGAAAGGCGACUGUCAACUAAUGAAUCCAACAGAGGAGAGGCUGAUGGAAAUUCAUUUGAGGAUGAUUUGCUCGUUGGCCCAAAAAGGCUUCUCUUAUCGAGUUUAACUGACAGAGUGACUUCAUCAACUCCUGCAGUUAGAUCUCAGUCUUUGCCUGGAUCUCAUCAACCGUCACCAAGUAGAACAUCUAUCCCAUUGUCCUCUGUUUCUAGAGGUGCCAGUCCAUCAAGGACAAGGCCAUCGACACCCCCUUCUAGAGGAAUAAGCCCCUCUCGGAUAAGAUCGGCAAAUGUUGGUACUCAAUCCAGCAGCUCAACAUCUGUUCUUAGUUUUAUUGUCGAUUUUCGCAAAGGGAAGAAGAGUGCUGGUUUUAUAGAAGAUGCUCAUCAUCUCAGGCUAAUGCACAAUAGAUAUCUGCAGUGGCGAUUUGCUAAUGCACGGGCAGAGGCAGUGCUUCAUGAUCAGAAAGCACUAGCAGAGAAGACUUUAUUCAAUGUUUGGGUUGCUAUGAUUGAGCUCUGGGAUUCUGUUAUCAUGAAGACUAUUAUUCUUCAGCAGAUGCGGCUAGAGCUCAAGCUGAACUCUAUUCUGAAUAAUCAAAUGACCUACCUCGAUGAAUGGGCUUUGGUUGAGGAAGAUCACAUUAGCUCAUUAUCUGGAGCUGUAGAAGAUUUAGAGGCUAGCACUCUUCGUCUUCCUGUUACUGGAGGAGCAAGAGUAGAUAUAGAAUCUUUGAAAGGUGCUCUUUGCUCUGCUGUUGAUGUGAUGCACGCUACAGGAUCCUCUAUGUAUCCCCUUUUUUCAAAAGUUGAGGAAAUGAAUGAGCUGGUAUCCGAACUGGCUCUUGGCAGCCGUGAAAGGGCAAUGCUCGAACAAUGCGAAACUUUAUUGGCUUCAACAGCUGCCAUGCAGGUGGAGGAAUGCAGCCUCAGGACGCAUCUCUCGCAAUUGAAGCAGACGCUGGAGAAAAGGAGCACCCUAUUCCGGCCGUCGAGAUUGCCUUCUUGACUGUCCUUAAUAUAACGCGUUCCACAGAUCGACUAAGGUCUGUUCCGGCGUCGACGCUUGUAUAUUCAUACCCCGCCUUUUUUUCUCUUCUUUAAUUCUUUUUCUUUUUUGUUCCAUUAAUUUUUUUUCGGCUUUCCUCUUCUGCCGUGGUGGCACCACCAGGCCCCACCUUCACAGUGUAAUUUUGAUCAAACGGUUUGAGUAUAAUUAGAAAAAGCAAUGCAGAGAGAGCAAAGGGAUUGAAAUGAAUGAUGUCCAGUGCAAAAUUUAGGAA